CACCUGGUGUCCCCUCGCCCAAGAGACGGUGGCUGGGAGAUCUGCCCGGCUGCCCACGUUGCCUGCCAUGGGGCUGGGCCUGCUGCCCUUCGCCAUCCUCCUGCAGGUUAGCGGUCAGUGUGCAGGGCAGGAGCCGUGCCCAGCAGUAUUCAGGAGGACCGAGGUGACUUGGGCCGUGCCCCGGAGCCAGCUGGAGCCGGGCCAGGUGCUAGGCCAAGUGUCUCCGGUCAGCUGCCCAGGACAAGCGGCAGUACAGAUGAGCACAGAUGAUGAUCACUUCAUUGUGACCAGCAGCGGGAUGGUACUUGUGAAUGGCCGGGUGGACCUGGGAGGCUAUGAGAGGACUUUCUCGGUAUAUGCUCGGGAUGCUGCUGGCCAGGAAUUCUCAACUGCAGUCACUCUAAAGAGCCAGGAGACCUCACUGGAGAAGGAAAACUGGACCCCAAAAAGCUGGGGCCCAAAGUUGCUGAGGUUCUCCCCACCCAGGCACGGUUUGAAGAGGCAAAAGAGGGAAUGGGUUGUCCCUCCAUUGUCGAUUCCUGAAAAUGGGAAGGGGCCCUAUCCCUUGAAGCUGACUCAGCUCAAAUCCAACAUGGACAAAUCCUCCAAGAUCUUCUACAGUAUCACAGGACCAGGUGCGGACAGGCCCCCCGAGGGGAUCUUUACCAUCAUGAAGGAAACUGGUUGGUUGAUGGUAAUGCAGCCAUUGGACAGAGAGGAGAGGGACCGAUACCAUUUCUACGGGCACGCCGUGUCUGAGAAUGGCAAGGCCGUGGAGGCACCGAUGGAUAUAUAUGUCACUGUGACUGACCAGAAUGACAACAGGCCACAGUUUACUCAGGACCUCUUCAGAGGGGCCGUCAUCGAGGGAUCAUUGCCGGGCACCUCUGUGAUGCGAGUGUCUGCCACCGACGCAGACGAUGAGAUCAACACCUACAAUGGGGUGAUCGCUUACUCCAUCCUUAACCAGGAACCCAAGGAGCCCCACGACCACAUGUUUACAGUGGACCCAGGGACUGGAACCAUCCGCUUGAUUGUGAGCGGGCUGGACAGAGAGAAAGUAGCAGUGUAUAACCUGACCAUCCAGGCCGCCGACAUGAAUGGAACAGGGUUAAGCACCACGGCAUCGGCCAUGAUAGAAAUCACCGAUGCCAAUGACAACGCGCCCAAUUUUGACCCUCAAACGUACAGCACAGAGGUGCCGGAAAACCAAGCGGGGUAUGAAGUCGAGCGACUCAGUGUGACGGAUGCCGACGCCCCUGGCAGCCCAGCGUGGAACGCCGUGUAUCAGAUCGUGCGAGGGGAUGAGGGAGGCCACUUUGCCGUAACCACUGAUCUGAAAAGCAACGAUGGCAUCGUAACAACCAAGAAGGCUUUAGACUUUGAAACCAAGAACCAGUUCACGCUGCACAUCGAAGUGACCAAUGAGAUUCCCUUCGUGGUGAAUCUCCCGACCUCCACCGCCACCGUGACCGUCGUGGUGCGGGACUUGAAUGAGCCUCCUGUCUUCCUCCCACCCACCAAGGCAGAGGCCGUCCCAGAGGAUGUACCCGUGGGAACCAGAAUCAGCUCCUACCCCGCUCGGGACCCAGACAAGCGGCAGAAUCAGAAGCUCAGCUAUCGCAUCGUGAGCGACCCUGCGGGAUGGCUGGCAAUCCACCCGGAGAGCGGUGACAUCACCACGAGGGCCCUCUUGGACAGAGAAGACGUCCAGUUUGUCAGAAACAACACCUACAAGGCCAUCGUUGAGGCUGCUGAUGAUGGAAGCCCUCCCGCUACUGGCACAGGGACUUUCCUCAUGACCCUCCUGGAUGUGAAUGACCACGGCCCCGUCCCGCAGCCACAACAGAUCACCGUCUGCAAUCACAACCCCGUGCCCCAGGUGCUCAACAUCACAGACCAAGACCAGCCCCCGAACACCACCCCUUUCAGGGCUCAGCUUACACACGACUCCGAUAUCCACUGGACAGCCGAGAUCAACGAGAGAGGUGAUGCCGUGGCCCUGUCCCUAAAAAAAGUCUUGACUAAGGAUACCUACAAUGUCUACCUGACUCUGUACGACAACCAAGACAAGGACCAGCUGACUGUGAUCAAGGCAACUGUGUGUGACUGCGAGGGCUAUGUCAAAGUGUGUCCAGAGCCCUGGAAGGCCGGCUUUGUCCUGCCCAUCCUAGGAAUCAUCCUGGCCCUGCUAAUCUUCCUGCUUGCACUCCUCUUGCUGGUGCGAAGGAAGAGGAGGGUCAAGGAACCCCUUCUGCUUCCAGAAGAUGACACCAGGGACAAUGUGUUUUACUAUGGAGAGGAGGGAGGUGGUGAAGAGGACCAGGAUUACGACAUCACUCAGUUGCACCGAGGCCUGGACUCCCGGCCAGAAGUGAUCUUCCGGAAUGAUGUGGUACCCACUUUCACACCUCCUCCCCUAUACCGGCCACGUCCAGCCAAUCCCGAUGAGAUCGGCAAUUUCAUCAUUGAGAAUCUGAAGGCUGCCAACGGCGACCCCACCGCCCCGCCCUAUGACUCCUUGCUGGUGUUCGACUACGAGGGCAGCGGCUCGGACGCGGGGUCCCUGAGCUCCCUGACCACCUCUGAUGCAGACCAAGACCAGGACUACAACUAUCUGAAUGAGUGGGGCAAUCGCUUCAAGAAGCUGGCCGACAUGUACGGCGGUGGGGAGGAUGACUAGGCAGAGCCCCCUCGUCCACUUCCUCCCCUCCCCACCGCCCACCGCCGCCCCAUUUCUGGGGCUGGGUAUCGUCCCUGUUGACCUUCACACUCGCUCCGGCUUGGAGGAGCCAACAAGAGGCUUGGAGCUGUACCUCCGAGAUGAAUCUGACUCGGUCCCACCAAGAUACCUCGUAUCGUUUGGGCUGGGAAAACUUGCAUCCGGACCCACGGACCAAUGAACUACCUAGUCUUCCCUCCUCUCCCAGAGCUUCUGAGGAUGGGAGUGACCUUGCAGCUCUUGAAGAGACUUGGACCAGAUUGCGAAUAUGAUUUCGAUUUACAACUCUUGUCAUUUCUAAGGGGGAGGCCUGCUUUUCGCGUGUGCCCCUGAGGGCUGGGAAAGAGUCUUCGGUGGAUCCAAAUCUACCUGAAGGAUGCUUAGACCGAUGUUCAAUGUCUAGUGGUACCAUCCAGCUACAUAGCUUAGACCUUGGACGGUCUGACGGGGCAUUGGUUUGGCAGUGCCUUAAUGGCCGCUCUUCCUCCCCAGGGAAGAAUUCCGUGCUUCUGGCUCUGUCCUAUCCAAAGAACCCAAGGAUGGAGGCUGGUCCUCUCCUGUUCCACAGCUUGGUUUGCCAUGGUAGUGAGGGCAAAGAGACUCAGCCCCUGUCCCUUGGUAGAUGCAGGCUAGAGUCACUCCACCGCCUGCCUUCUUGGUGUCACCACUAUCUCUCUAAUUCCUGGAAGGUUUCCAUUUCAACUUGUCCGAUGACUGCAUUUUUAUAUCAAAUGUCUAUAGUUUGCUUUUUUUUUAUUGUUUUGUAUGUACGAAGCUAAAGGAUGACAAUCGUGUGAGCGUAACGGAACUUUUUAUUAAAGGCACUCUUACUGAAAACCGAAA